GAAGCAAUGGGUCACGGCGAACGCGAUACUCAAUGAGAGCGUGGAUAGUGAGCUGCGCUGCACCAUCUGCCUGGGCACGUUCGUCUGCCCCUCCACGCUGAGCUGCGGACACUCGUUCUGCCUGCGGUGUCUGGAUGCCGCCUGGGAGACGGCGAGCAGCUUCAGCUGCCCGCAGUGCCGAGCGACCUUCCCUGUGCGACCCAAGCUGAGCAGGAACGUGGCCCUCGGCAACCUGGCAGAGCAGCUCAGAGUUGAAGACGGGAUGGCCACGGCCGUCGUGUGUGACCACUGCAGGGACGGCCAGAUUCCUGCAGUGAAGACCUGUCUGAGAUGUGAGACAUCGUACUGUGCGACCCAUUUGAUGCUUCAUAUAGAGAAUCCCAGGCUGAGUGACCACGUCCUGGUGGCUCCCAUCGCGAACCUGGAGGAGCGACGGUGCCGGGAGCACAGAGAGGAGCUGAAGUACUUCUGUGAACAGGAUAAGAUCCCGGUCUGCACAGGCUGCACCAUCACUGGAGACCACUCCGGGCACAGAGUCAUCACAGUGGAAAAAGUGCAACAGACAAGACAGCAGGAGCUCAGAGUCAAGAAGGAGGGGAGAGAGGGGAAGAGGAACACAGCGGUUUCACAGACACGGACACUCAGGGACGACUACCGGCGUGUGGAGGAGUCUCUGCGUGGGACCAAGGCACGGAUCAGCCGAGAGUUUGAGUGCCGGAGGGAGCAGCUGAUGGAGGAGGAGAGGGAGGCGCUGGAGCGCGUGGACGAGGAGGGCCGCUCCGUGCUGUCCCGCAUCCAGGCGGACAUCGCUCACUACGAGAGCACAGCACGCGGCCUGGAGCAGGAGAUCAACCAGCUGCUCGCCGCCCUCGCCGUGCAGGACCCGCUCUCCUUCCUGCAGGAUCCUCUGCAUGAGAGUCUCAGGAGGAGCUCUGUCUCCCAGGAGACUCAGGAUGACCCAGACCCCGUCUCCCACGGUCUGAACCUCGCAAAAGUCAUCUCAGUGGGCGGCGUCCAAACCAAACUUCUGGCUUUUCUCGAUGGACGCUCACCGACUCUGGACACAAAUUCAGCCCACGACGACCUCCAGAUUUCCUCGGAUCUCAGGACGGUGACGCUGAGCGGUGUCCCCCAGGGUCGCCCCCAUCACCCACACCGCUUUGAGUACCGGCCACAAGCCCUGUGCUCUGAGAGCUUCUCGUCGGCUCAGCACUACUGGGAGGUGGACGUGGGGAGCGCGGGGCUGUGUCGGGUUGGAGUCGCGUACGGGACGAUCCCACGGAGAGGGACUGGUGCUGAGUGCUGCCUGGGAGGGAGCGACGUCUCCUGGUGUCUACGGAAAAAUGGCGACAGCUUCUCAGUGUGGCAUGGCGGGGUAGAGACGUCACUGUCGGUGCCGCAGCCUCCGCGGAGAGUCGGGGUCCACCUGGACUGGGACGCGGGGCUGCUGUCGUUUUACAGCGCCGACUCCAUGGCGCCGUUGCACUCGUUUAAUAAAACUUUCACUCAGCCCCUACAUCCUGGGCUGGCAGUGUGGAAUGAUGAUGACUCAGUGAGGAUUGUGGAUCUGAGUGGUGCGUCCUGAGAGAGGUGAACAUGAACAGCGCAGAGGGCAGACGCUACG